AUGAGUUAUCUCGAGUCAGCAGGAUUUGUCCAUCGUGAUCUCGCUUGCCGAAAUGUCCUCCUAGCUUCCCAAUCCUGUGCAAAAAUAUCCGAUUUUGGUCUCUCAAGGGCAGUUGGUGUCGAAUCGGAUUACUAUAAGGCGACUCAGCGAGGUAAAUGGCCAGUCAAAUGGUACGCCCCCGAAUCUAUAUACUACAAAACCUUCAGCACCGCUUCUGACGUUUGGUCUUUCGGGGUGUGCUUGUGGGAAAUGUUCUCUCUGGGUGAACAUCCUUAUGCUGAUCAGGACAGUUUUGAAGUACUUCGACAACUAGAGGAAGGUGUGCGUUUACCACGACCUCGGUUAGCGUCCGACGAGGUGUAUGGAGUGAUGCUGGACUGUUGGGCAUAUGCUCCUGAGGCGCGACCGAAAUUCUCCCAUCUCCUCGCCAUAUUCCGACAUUUGGCGACGAAUGUCUACGAAAAUGUGGCGGCGCCAUCUCAGAAUACAGCUGCCGCGCAGCUGAAGACGAAUGGAUCUGCGGCGGUAGCGAUGGAGACAAAUGCAGGAGGUGGAGCCCAAAACUGA